AUGACUUUCCAGGAGGAAGAAGUACUAAACGAGAUACCGAAAAACAGCCAAGAUUUCGAAUCCAAAGACAGUGAAUAUGAUCAUGAAACAGCUGCUGAUCAUGAGAACUUGGGGGAAUUGUUGAGUUUAGGUCUCAACAGAAACAACGAGUCCUUCACAACAGUUGGAGAUAAUUCUGAUCAUUCCCAGUCUUCAAAACCAGCAAGCUGUAACAAGGUUUUCUCAUGUAACUUCUGCGGGAGGAAGUUUUACAGUUCGCAAGCCUUGGGUGGCCACCAAAACGCACACAAAAGAGAAAGAGGAGCUGCAAAAAGGUACCAGUCUCAAAGGAUGAUGAUGACGACAAUGGGGUUUCCUUUCAAUAAUCGUCCUCUAACGGCGGCUCGAUCACUGGGCGUCCAGCCCCAUUCGCUUGUGGGCAAGCACAUGAGUAGAGAAGGGUCUGCCAUGGUCGCUAGAUUUAGCGAUGCCAACGCAGGGUUUGGGACGCCAUUGACACCUUUCAUGGUAGAAGAAAAGAUGGAUUUGAUCUGGCCAGGAAGCUUCCGCAUGGACAAAUUGCCAGAUCAACAACCAUCGGAUCAUUCGGAUGUACAUAAUAAGCUUGACUUGGAUCUUCGGCUGUAA